AUGGAAAAAUCCAAAAGAUACAUGAGUUUGAUCAAAAUGAUUGAACGGAAUGGAUUCGAAAAAUAUCGACUUCAACAGAUAUUAGAUAAUAUAUACAAAGCAAAAAUUACUAAUGUAAAUAAAAUGAAAAAUCUUCCAUCUCAUAUAAGAAAAGAAAUGAUAAAAACCUUGAGUGGAAAUAUUUUAAGUAUAAAACCAUUGAAAGAAUAUAAAUAUGAUAGAGCAUAUAAAGUCUUAUUUCAAUGUAAAGAUAAGGAAAAAAUAGAAGCAACUUCCUUAGAUUUUGGAUCACAUAAAUCUUUAUGCAUAUCAAGUCAAAUAGGAUGUUCUUUUGCAUGUAAAUUUUGUGCAACUGGACAAAUAGGAAUAAAAAGACAGUUAGAAUUAGAUGAAAUAACAGAUCAACUUUUAUAUUUUCAAUCAAAAAAUGUUAAUAUAAAAAAUGUCUCAUUUAUGGGCAUGGGGGAACCUUUAGCUAAUCCACAUGUUUUUGAUUCAAUUCGUUUUUUCAAUAACAUCAAUUUGUUUGCAUUAUCUAGUAGAAGAAUAAAUGUUUCCACUGUUGGACUCUUACCUGGAAUUAAAAAAUUAAACGACUUCUUUCCUCAAGUUAAUUUAUCUUUUUCUUUACAUUCUCCCUUUACUGAAGAAAGAGACACACUUGUCCCAAUCAAUAAGUUAUUUCCAUUUCAUGAGGUUCUUGAUUUAUUAGAUAAUAGAAUAGCCCAGACAGGAAGACGUGUAUGGAUUAGUUAUAUACUCAUUAAAGAUUUAAAUGAUUCAAAGGAUCACGCUGAAGCACUUUGCAAUCAUAUAUGUAAUCGUCCAUCUAAUGUGAGAUAUCUGUAUAAUGUUUGUUUAAUACCAUACAACAAAGCAAAAAAUGUAGAUGAGAAUUUCCACAGAGUAGACGAAGAAGAUAAGAUCCUUCAAUUUGAGAAAGUAUUGAAAAAGAAUGGAAUAUCAUUUUUCUACAGGAACUCCUUUGGCCUCUCAAUUGAUGCAGCGUGUGGUCAGUUAUACGCAGACUAUGAGCCAAAAAAGAGGAAAGAAGCAAUCGGAGUUCGAAAUGUGUCAUUGUUGGAACAAUAA